AAAAAAGUUACCAAAGAAUAACGCAACAUGUUGGGUUUAAGAUUACGCGGCUGUAUUUUUAAGCAAAGCCUGAACCAAUGUGAACAAUAUUUAAGCCAAACCAAAGUGCUCUACAGCAAAACUACCAAUGAGAAAAACAAAGCUAAAGAUGGACAAAAAUUCCGAAACGAAAAAGAUACUAUGGGAGAGCUCAAAGUGCCAGCGGAUAAGCUGUAUGGCGCCCAAACAAUGAGAUCUAAGCUUAAUUUUCCUAUUGGCGGUAUAGCCGAACGUAUGCCGUUGCCCGUAAUUCAAGCAAUGGGAAUUUUAAAGAAAGCAUGUGCCGAAGUUAAUAAAGAAUAUGGCUUAGAUCCAAAAAUCUCUGAAGCCAUAUCGUGUGCUUGCGAUGAUGUUAUCUCUGGAAAGUAUUAUAAAAAGGGCCAUUUCCCUUUGGUUAUUUGGCAGACUGGUUCAGGCACUCAAACUAAUAUGAAUACCAACGAGGUUAUUAGCAAUGCAGCCAUUAGAGGCAUGGGUGGAGAGUUGGGCUCCAAGAAGCCAGUUCAUCCUAACGAUCAUGUGAACAAGUCGCAGAGCUCAAAUGAUACGUUCCCCACGGCCAUACACAUAAGUGUGGGCAUGGAACUGAACAAUCGUCUGAUACCAUCGGUGACCCAUCUGAGGGAUGUCAUUAAAUGCAAAUCGGAGAGCUUUGAGGACAUUAUUAAGAUCGGGCGCACCCAUUUAAUGGAUGCAGUACCUCUGACUUUGGGUCAAGAAUUCAGCGGUUAUGCUCAACAGUUGGCCAAUGGCCUAGGCAGAAUAAAUACCUGUCUGCCGCGAGUCUAUGAAUUGGCAUUGGGCGGAACAGCAGUCGGCACUGGGCUAAACACCCAUAAAGGAUUUGCCGAGAAGGUAGCCAAACGAGUUGCCGAACUGACCAACUUGCCAUUCGUCAAGGCUCCAAAUUUCUUUGAAGCCCUGGCUGCACGUGACGCAAUGGUCGAGGUUCAUGGAGUACUCAAUACCAUAGCUGUGAGUCUUAUGAAAAUUGCCAAUGACAUUCGAUUGCUUGGAUCUGGCCCGCGUUGUGGUCUGGGUGAGUUAAAGUUGCCGGAAAAUGAGCCCGGCAGUUCUAUAAUGCCGGGAAAGGUGAAUCCUACGCAAUGUGAAUCUCUCACCAUGAUAUGUGCCCAGGUUAUGGGCAAUCAGACGGCCGUUUCCAUAGGCGGUGCGAAUGGUCAUUUCGAGUUAAAUGUUUUUAUGCCACUGAUAGUUUCCAACGUCCUUAGGUCCAUACGUUUAUUGGCUGAUGGCUGCAUGUCCUUCAGUAAGAGCUGUGUGGAAGGUAUCGAACCCAAUAAGGAUCGCAUAAAUAAAAUAAUGAAUGAAUCCCUGAUGCUUGUGACGGCUCUAAAUCCUCAUAUAGGUUAUGACAAGGCUGCUGCCAUAGCCAAAAAUGCUCACGCAAAUGGGACCACCCUUAAGGACGAAGCCAUCAAGGCGGGCAUCACCGAAGAACAAUUCAAGGAAUGGGUUAAUCCCAAAGAAAUGCUUGGACCCAAGUAGAGCAAACGAAAACAAUUUUAUACAAAAUUCCAGCCACAAUUUAUUGUAAAAACCAUAUCAAAAUUAAAUUUGUUUACUAAUAUUUAGUACUACACAAUAUA